AUGCAGGGUAAAGGCGACAAGGGCGGUCUAUUGCGGCCGAUGCACAACCCAGGCCUGCUGAAGGCCAGCAAGAAGGGGGUCGAGGACUGGGCAGUCGGUGAGAAGUACAAGGUCAAUGAGGUGAUCGGUAAGGGCAGCUAUGCCACUGUCUGCGAGGCCACCAACACGGAGACCGGCCAGAAGGUGGCCAUCAAAAAAUUCGUGAACAUUUUCAGGAACGAGGUGUACGCAAUCCGGGUGCUGCGGGAGGUGGUGCUGCUACGAAACCUGCACCAUCCCUGCAUCAUCGACUCCCUGGACAUCAUCAUCCAGGGCGACAAGGACUCCUUUACCACGCUCUACCUGGUGCUCGAGUUCUUCCCGAAAGAUCUCAAAAAACUGUUCGAGUCCAAUGAGUUCCUCAGCGAUGCCAGUGUCGAGUCCAUCACCUACCAGAUCAUCACCUCGAUCAAGUACCUGUAGUCUUGCAAGGUCCUGCAUCGUGACCUCAAGCCUGACAACAUCCUCAUCAAGGGUCCUGAGGUCAAACUCUGUGAUUUUUCUUUGGCCAGGCCCAUCGACUAUGCCCGCAAGAAGAUCAAAUUCUCACAACACGUGGUGACCCGGUGGUAUCGUGCCCCAGAGUUGAUCCUGCUUCAGAGCGACUACGACAGUGCGAUCGAUAUCUGGUCGGUCGGCUGCAUCUACGCAGAGUUGCUCAAGAUGAUCAAGGAAAACUGUCCCAACAUCACAGACCGCAAGCCCAUGUUCCCAGGAGGCGCCUGCUACCCCUUCUCACCGCCUUCCAACCAGAUCUCCUAUGUAGAGCGUAAUGGAUUCCCGCAUUCCGUGAAUGAUCAACUGUACGGUCUGACCAGUUUCCGUAUCUUUGAGAUUAUUGGCACGCCUGAGGAGGAGGACCUUCCGCCUAAUGAGGACUCUCGGCGUUACAUCAGGUCUUUUGCGAAAACCCCGAAAAAAAACUUCCGAGAUAUCUUCCGGUGCAUUUCUCCUGAGGGCGAAGAUUUCCUGAACCGCUGCCUGCAAUUCAACCCGAAAAAGAGGAUGACCGUGUCCUAGGCCCUUGAGCACCCACUGUUCGACAGGGUCCGAGACACCAGAAAAUAA